UGGUAGGUGACGUGUCACGUGACAGCUAUGGCUGAUUGUCUGUUUACAAAUACGACGUAAAAAAAUGUCCGAGUCUUCUAGAGCCACAUUUGACAGCUCGGACUCUCUCGGAAACGUUUGUGUCCUGUGGAGGAAGUAGCCCCCUCUCUCAUAACAAGAUGGAGGACAGUUCCUGUAUCGAGGUGGCGCUCAUCCCGGAGAACCAGCACUGCCGAGAGGUGGCCGACGUACUCAAAGCUCAGCUGGCCCCCAGUGAAACUUUGCUCGGGUGCCUGGAGCUCGGUGGUACGCUGAUGGUGUGGGACCCGGCCAACAGGGAGGUUACUCCGGUCACAAUAGACGGCUGCUACCAGGACUUCUCCUGGGAGGAGGCGAGUGGCCACCAUGGAGUGGGUGGAGCCUUGCAUCUGCUGGCUGUCGGCUCUUGCUGCAAGCUGGCCAUGCUGGAGGUGGACACAGAGAGAAUAUCAUCCCUCUCCGUGCACUGCAUCCAUGAAUGUCCUGCAGAGCACCUCCAACAGGCUGUCUCAGAGUGGGACCAGCGCUUGAAGGUGGCACGUGUGCUCUCGUACGUGUCGGGCCGCUGUUGCCUGCUUAUGGACGCCAUCUGGCUACUGGAGAUCAUGUGGUCACCCAUGCAGAAAAUGCCGCAGACGCUGACCUGCUGCCGCAUCACUCCGAUGGACGGCACCACUGUGGCCCAUUGCUGUGUAUGUGACAACACAGCGUUCGCCCUCAGUGAGAGUGGACUCAUUUCUGUGUAUAAUAUCACAAAUGGCGUCCUUCUGGCCACCAUCAACCUUCCUGCCUCCCUGAGCCCGGCCUUGAUGGGAGAGGAGCUUGUCUCUUCUUCCUGUUCCUUCUGCCUCCUGGAGGUGUCGGCUGACCUGAGCACAGCCGUGGCCGUCACUCACGCUCACGUCGCCGUCGCCGUUGACCUCAACGACUAUUUCAAGAGGAACCCAGACCACCUGCUGUGUGAGGCAGCAGCUACUCACGCCCCGCUCCGUCCCCAACAACCCAGCGACGAGGACAGCUUGGCGAGCUCCAGCUGCAACAUUGCCACGCUGGGAUGGAGCUUCAACACUGACCGAUCCUGGGGGUCUCAUCUGACCACCAUGUACAACACAGCCCAGCAGCCUGCUCUCUCCUCCUUCUCCGCCUGCUCAGCAGCCACGUCCUGGUCCUCCUCGCUCCCCAGCUGGGGGCCACACCAGCCUCUGCCCUCUGCCCAAAGUAGAGUCCCCCCCGGCGGGGCAUCUGUCACUUUUGCCGUCCCAGAAUCGUCCGUCCCAUCCCUGCUCUCUGUCUCCGAGUUCUCUGCCAUGUUAACCUUUGUCUCACCCCGGAACAUGUGGACUGCUAGCGUUUUGUGGGACUUGCAGUCCAGGAAUGUGACGUACCACCAGACAGAGGGCCAGGCGGCACCGGUGGAGCUCUGUGGAGAGAGACAUCACACUCUGCUCCUCAAGAAAGCAGGAAUGUUCCAGGUCUUGUUUUCAGUUUCCCAGCAGGACUUGCUCACCAGGCUGAUGUUGUUCGGCAGUGCAGCCACCGUAGAUGCAGUUUGUCACCUGAACAGCUGGGGGCGCUGCUCCAUUCCCAUCCACUCACUGAAGGCAGGAGUGAAGAACCGUCAGCUGGACACGGUGGAUUUCUACCUGAAGAGCAAAGAAAACCUCCUGAAGACGUUGAGCUCCUCUAGCCUCAAAGAACGCGUCCAGACACUGUGUCCCGCCUUGGACCUGCUGUGCUCCGCCAUCAGGGAAUCCAACAGUGACGCUCAGAGCCGCCAGUUCUCCGAGCAGCUGCUCCACAUAACACUCAACUUUGUCAGCGCGCAGAUACGCUAUGUCCUCACUCACAUGCACUACGAGGAUGAAAAUGUGAGGAGCUGCGUGGACGUCCUGAACAAAUACCUCGCAGAACUUAGAACCUUCAUGAAGAAAUACCCUUGGCUUGUAGGGGGAGACCCCCACAAAGACGACGCACCUGCUGAUGAGGAGGACAAGUGGGAGCUGCUACCGAUAGAGGAAUUGGUCCGCCUGUCUGUCCUGACAAAUGACAUUCCCAGAGCUCAAGCGGCCUUGAGGAAGCGGGGCCAUCCAGAGUGGCGUCUAUCGGCCAUUAGGGCUGUGGGCCUACGUCAGGUCUUCUCCUGCCUGCAGCAGCGCGACCUGCAGACCGCCAAGGUGCUCCUUACCAACAUGGGACUCAACGUGAAGAAGGAGCUGCAUCGGAUCUGCAUCUACACGGACAACAAGGAUCUGCGGGAGUUUGUGGGGGAGGAGCUCUCUCGGCAGGCUUACUUUUCUGAGGAGGAGAGUCAAGGCGUUGUGUUCAUCAAGGAGGUGGAGCGUCUGCUCGCUCUUCCUGCUUCCCGCCAUACACACGUCCACUGUUCCAGCAGGGUGGUGGAGGUGUUCCUCAGGGAGUCAGGAGGCGGGGAGGUUCUAGAGGAGGUUUUGGGACAGAGGAGUUUCGAGGAGGAUGAUGAGGAGUCAGCGCUUUGUCACAAUGUGAGACUAGACUGGGUGAAGAACUGGAACCAGAGCAGCAGAACCGCCAUCCUGCUGUCCAGACACCAGCCCUCAGAUUUCAGCAUGUGUGAUGCCGGCGUGUUGUGGCGUCACAUGACCACCCUCCACAACCGGUGUGGCGUUGUUGACUGGAUCGAGAGCAGUGAGGGCUCCGGUGCCUCACGGUGGCCGGAGUUAACCCCGGCGGUGGUCAACAACAACAUGUUGUGCAGCUUCUUCCUGACGGAGGACAUCCUGGACUUACUAGCCAGGAGAGGCGUGUUCAUCCCUGAUGAGCUGGCCGACUUGGAGCGGUUGCUAUGGCGGCUAGCUCAGGGGGAAGGACUGAUGUCAUGCUCUCUGCCGCUCCCUCAGCACCGCUCGCCACACGGUCUGGACCUCCACGCUCUGGUCAUCAGCUGGUGUCUGGAGCGUGGCCUGCAGUACCUCCUCUAUGUCUACCUGGAGCACUACAGGUUGACUCCCAGGAACUGUCCUCUCCUUGCUGGUGGCUCCACCCAGACUCAACCUUGGUUUGACAUGCUGGUGAAGAUCCAGGAGAUCAGCAGAGACCUAACAGACCCGGGAAUGGUUUUCCAGGCCAGUCUAACCAGUGCUCAGGUUCUGUUACCGGGCAGCCCACCAUCCCUUAGCAGCCUGCUUCUGGAGGGUCACAGUCUGCUCGCACUCGCCACCAUUAUGUUCUCCCCUGGAGGCGUUGACCAAGUGGUACUUCGGGCUGAAAGGUCGACCAGCUCGGAGUGCUCGGUGGAUCCUCAGCUGAUGAAGAUGGCGCUGACGGCGUAUCCCAAACUGAAAGCCGCCUUGUUCCCCGCAGGACCAAGAGGUCCCGGCCCAUUCUCUGACAUCUCCAUCUACCAUCUGCUGCAGUCGUUGCAUCCGCUGGACCCCUGUAGACUUUUCGGCUGGCAAGCAGCAAACUCCCUCAACUCCAGCGAAACCACAGAGCUGCCUCACUUCUCCAGCCCACAGCUGGUGGACAGCUUUGCUCUGGUGGACAAUUUGGACUAUUUGUACUAUGUGCAACAUGGCCGACCCUCCUUCGCCUUCGCCACCUUCCUGCUCCAGGAGCUGAUUGGCUGUGACGAUGUCAGCCUACUUCUGCAGCAGGCGUUGCAGCAUGUGCACGGGCUGGCUGUGCAGAGUUUUAACACGGCGUCGGUGGUGGCAGCUGCCGUCUGUUUCUGUGAGCUGCUGGGAGUCAGCAGCCUCCAGCUGAGAGUGGACGUCAAGGUCAUGAAUGCCAUCUUGACACACUGGACACAAUACAACACACGCUGUGGCUACACACAGCCUCUACAAACACUGGUGUCUAAAGGUGUCAAGCUGGUGGAGGCUGAGCCUGGAGCAGCAGAGGAGCUGAUUGGCUACCUGGAAGCUGCAGUGAUGGACAGUCUGGGAGAGAAGGCCGUGAGCAGGUCGUCGUGGGAGGCGGCUCAGGAGUGGGCGUUGCCUGUCCAAUUUUGUCAUCUCCACGCUCUGACUCUCAGCUCCGUUUACCCCGCUCACUGUGCACGUGACGGACAGUACAUCCACUUUCUGUUGUUUGUCCAACUGCACAACUUCCCACCGCAGCAGGUUCGCUCACUGGUCGCACAGUUUGGUCCCACCCUCCAGGAACACCUGAGGCUCGCUUUUCAAAACCUGCAGGUCUUCAAUCAGGGCUCCUUGGGGGUGCAGGAGUCCCCCCGUGAACUGUUCCAGGUGCUCCUGAGGAGCCAGGAGGUGGCAGGACCUAGCAGGUACCUGCUGCGCGAGGCGUUGGGGCAACGCUGCUCGACGUUAACUGUGCUGGCCUCUUGCACACAGGAUGCAGAGCUGCUCCAAUGCCUGUGUGUGUGGCUUCUCACCUCCAUCGAUGUCGUCACUGCCGAGGAAGCUACCUCCCACCUGGCUGACCUGCCUCAGCACCACAAGUGGACCCUGCAUGACCUAUCCAUCAUCUGGAGGACUCUGCUGGGGAAGGGCCUCGUCAGGCCCCUUCUGCGAGGCUUCCAACUCUUUCAGAAGGACUGCCCCCUGCUUGCAGUGCUCAGCAUGUUUGAGUUGUGCUGCGACUACAAGAACUUUUCUGAGGCCAAAGUGAAGCUUCUGGACUUCCAAAGGACGCUUGUUACCCUGAGGAGUAGCAACCAGGCGCCCCCAGGUGGACUCUCUCUGCAAUGGCUGGAGAGUCAGGCGUCCACAUUGCUCAUUAUCCUGUUGCAGCGCUGCUCCUCCCAGUACCAUCUCCACCGCCUCCUGCUGCUCCUCGCCGACGUUGACAAAUUCCUCAAAACUGAUGGUCUGGAUUUCACAAAGCUGAGUCAGCUGAGUCAGCUCCUGCAAGGGUCAGAUGUCAGCGUCCCUCUCAGGUUGCUCCAAUGCAAUUCCUCCUCCAUCCAGAAGUUGGAGUUCCAGGCCACAGUGGAUGCUCUACAGUCACGGGGGUUCUAUUCACAAGCCCGGCAGGUGGCGAUGCUGGCCGGCCUUCCCGUCCACCGUCUGCUGCUGUGUCAGCUGCUCCAGGAAGUCCAGUGUCAGCGGUCCAAACGUCAGUGGUCCAGACUGGAGACCCGUGUGACCUUUUGGAGGAGGUGUCACCAGCAGCUGCAGGCUGAGACCGCUGAUCCCGAAUCGGCUUCCCAGUUUUUCCUGUCGCAGGCGGAAUCUUUGAGGUCGGACCCUUCUGUGGUACCAGAGGCUCAGUCGGAGCUGUUGGCGGUCCGAGAGCGCUGCCUGCUUCUCGGGAUCGCCGCUCACUGGCUCUCCCAGUGCAACCCAGCUCCGGCGGACCAGCUGCAGAUCCUAGAGAAGAAGGUGUGGAUCAGCUGGGUCCGGCAGCAUGCCCUGGUAGCUGCCAUGGAGAGGCAGAGCGUUUUUAACCUGCCGUUGCCCGCUGUCACUCCUGACAUGAACACGUAUGAAGUCCUCAUGAAGGAGUUUUCCUUCUCGAACAUAUCAGAGCUUAACACAGACACGCUCCUCAGUCUGGAAGGACUUCCUGGCCCAGCUGAGGAACAUCUCGAUGUGGAUCCAGUUCUGAAUCCAGCAGAGAAGAACACUCUGGCUGUGCUGGUUGAUGGCUUAUUAGACAAAGGAAGCAUCCAUGAAGCCAGCCGCGUGUGCCGAUACUUCUCCCUGUAUCAUCCAGAUGUCUGGCUGGUUCUGCGCUGCAGAGGCUUGGCGUCCGGAGAACUCAGUUUCGAAACGCGAGACAUGCCUGAGGGUCCGCCCAUGAGGCUCCUACACACUUCACCGUCACUGAGCAGCUUGUCGUCCUUCGUGAUGCUUCCUCUUCCUGAAGACAAGCUGGCACCGCAACUCCAGAAGCUGGUGGAUCAGUGUAGCCAUGGCAACAACUACUGCAAACAAGUCCUCAGCCUCUACCAGCUGUCCAAGGAGCUGCAGUGCUCCUUCAGUCACAUGACAAGGGAGGACCCACGCUGUGUGUUGGAGAAGCUGCUGCUGUCCGAGCACUCGGAGCGCUUCCGGAAUGCUCAGGUCUUCAUCAAAGCUCAGAGCUUCUCUGCUGAAGUGGUGGCCGAGUUGGUGGCGUCCGCGUUGGUUCACGAGCUGCAGGCUGCCGCCCAGGAGCUGCACCUUGAGAGGCAGGCGUUCAGACCAACAGAGGGGCGGGACUCUUUAAUCCAGCUGAUCACAUUGUGUGAAGACCCAAAUCUGGUGGGAAUGAAAGUUCUGGAAAAACUCAAGAGCAUCCCACUGAGGGACUUGAGCUGCAUUGUCGAAUUGCUGAUUGUGGCCCACGACUGCUUCAGUCUGACCUGCAACAUGGAGGGAAUUGUCAGAGUGCUUCAAGCUGCCCGGCACAUAAGCCACGCCUACUUGGCGCCCAGCGAGAACUACGGCCUGCUGGUUCGGCUGCUGACAGGAAUGGGCAGAUACAACGAGAUGACGUACGUGUUUGACCUGCUGCACCAGAACCAUCGCUUUGAGAUGCUGCUGAGGAAGAAGAUGGACACAGACAGAGGACAGAGCUCCAGCCUGAAGACGGCGCUGCUGGACUACAUCAAGCGCUGCCUGCCUGCAGACAGCGAGAAGUACAACAUGGUGGCGCUAUGUUUCAGCAUGAGGAGGGAGAUCGGCGAGAACCACGAGAUGGCAGCCCGGACGCAGCUAAAGAUCAUCGAGUCUCAGCCCUGGGUGGUGUCUCCUGAGCUCAAAAGCUCUCUGCUCAAAGUCUUGUCUCUCUUGAAGGAUGCCGCAGAGAGCUUCUCCAAGGAUGCGUGCGUGCACCAGGCGAGUCGCUGCGUGCGCACGGCCAAGCUGGUCACUCUCCAGCUCCACUUCCUUAAUCAAGGCUCCGACCUCCGUGUGGUCAACCUGCGACCGGCUGACAUGCACCACGCCGUCAUGGCGCUGCCCCGAUGUUAUCAGGUGUUGGUGGUGUCAGAGGCGUAUAGCUACAGCCCGGACUGGGUGGAAAUUGUGUACAACAAGGUGCUUCUCAACGGAGACUUUGCCUACCUGGAGGAGCUCAAACGCCAUCGGCCGCUGACCUCCAGCCUCUUCCAGGACAUUUUCGACAAGCUGGAUGGCGCCCCUAGCGGUGUCACGGCAAAUGCGCGACGCUUGCUGGCAUACUGUGACGACGUGUACAUGCGUUACCGGCUGGCGUACCAACGCAACCUCCACGAUGUCACCAAAACCCUGCUGCAGGACGCCAUGACAUCCAGCUACCUCAACGACAAAAUCAGCUGAAACUGGCUCUGGGAACCAUGACUUGAUGACGUCAUCCUGAAUUAUUUUAGGGUCAUAUUGACCAGGAUGGCCUUACUAGUACAUACAUGCUUGUACAGACCCGUUAAAAAUAAUACUACAAAAUAAUAGUUAUUGGUGAUACAAGAACGUAAUUACAAAAAUGAAUAGUUCAAUACGAUUGAGUAAAUAAAUGACUUAAAAACAAGACGAGAAGCUUCAGUAAGGCGUUUAUCAUCUGCAUUUUGCUGACUGGCUCACGGCAGUUGUGCAAAAUAUCAUUUGAUUGUAACUUUGCUGCUGACUGAAGCGUUUGUGCUCCAGUAGUGAUGAUGAGGGUUCCAAAGGUCACCCUAACAGGCAUGAAAAGCUUCUGGAACUUCAUCAGAGGAGCAUCCAUUAAACUGAAUGUUCUUCUGGGGCUGUGGGUUUUUAUGAAGGGGGUGGAGAAUCCUGCUACACACACCUAUACAUACAGUAGAUACAGUGGUGUGAAAAAGUCAUUGCCCCCUGUUAAAACAACUGAGAUUAAUUUAGAUCUAUCAGCAUGGAAAAGGUUAUAAAGCCAUUUCUAAAGCUUUGUGACUCAAUGAACCACAGUGAGAGCCAUUAUUCACAAAUGGCCAAAACAUGGAACAGUGGUGAACCUUCCCAGGAGCGGCCGGCCAACCAAAAUUACCCUAAGAGCGCAGCGACGACUCAUCCAAAGACUGCAGGCCUCGCUCUGUUAAGGUCAGUGUUCAUGACUCCACCAUAAUAAUAAUAAUGGAUUAGAUUUUAUCAUGCUUUUCAAGUAACCCAAAGCGCUUCACAAUGAAGUGAACCCAUUAUUCAUUCACUUCUCGGUCACACACGGGUGGAGGUAAUCUACAUCUGUAUCAACAGCUGCCCUGGGGUAGUCUGACGGAAACGUGGCUGCCAAUUUGCGCCUACGACCUCUCCAGCCUCCACCAACAUUCAUUUGCACACAAGGAUCGAACCGCCAACCUUCCGGUUUCUGGACGACCUGCUGUGGGCAGAUACUGGAAAAAAACGGUUCUACAACAAACAAAAAAACUACUGAACAAAAAGAACAUUAAGGCUCAUCUCAAUUUUGCCAGAAAACAUUUUGAUGAUCCCCAAGACCUUUGGGAAAAUACUCUGUGGUCUGAUGCAACAAAAGUUGACCUUUUUGGAAGAUGUGUGUCCCAUUACAUCUGGCGUAAAAGUAACGCCGCAUUUCAGAAAAAGAACAUACCAACGGUAAAAUGUGGUGGUAGUGUGAUGGUCUGGGCCUGUUUUGCUGCUUCAGGACCUGGACGACUUGCUGUGAUAAAUGGAAUCAUGAAUUCUGCUGUCUACCAAAAAAUCCUGAAGGAGAACCCAACUUGGGUUCUGCAGCAGGACAAUGAUCCAAAACACACCAGCAAGUCCACCUCUGAAUGGCUGAAGAAAAACAAAACGAAGACUUUGGAGUGACCUAGUCAAAGUCCUGACCUGAAUAAUAUCCUGUGGAAUGACUAAACAGGUGGUUCAUGCUGGAAAACCCUCCAAUGAGGCUGAAUUACAAUAAUUCUGCAAAAAUGAGUGGGCCGAAAUUCCUCCACAGCGCUGAAAGAAACUCAUUGCAAGUUAUUGCUAAUGCUUGAUUGCAGUUGUUGUUGCUAAGGGUGGCCCAACCAGUUAUUAGGUUUAGGGGGAAAUCACUUUUUCACACAGGGCCAUGUAGCUUUGGAAAGUUUUUGUCCCUUAAUAAUAAAAAGUUUCAUUUAAAAACUGCAUUCUGUACUCUGAUGAUCUGAAGCAUUUAAGUGUGACAAACAUGCAAAAAAAAAAAAAAAAAGAAACCGGCAAGGGGGCAAACACUUUUUCACACCACUGUAUAUGUAUUCAUAAGCAACGCCAACGGAAAAGCUAAAGAAACAGUAAAAUAUGUGAGGGGACAACCAUUCUUUGUGUGUGAAAAGUUAACCACUAUAAAACAUAGCUGCAUGGUGGAAUGUCCUGCGUAUACAAUCAAAAAGGCUAAAAAAAAAACUGCAACACAUUUGACAAAGCCAAAUGGAGACAUUACUGUCACACUAGUGUAGAAAGAAGUUAACGGUCAUGGCAAGAGCUCGGCUGUUGCUACUGGAGUUUUGAACUAUUUUGGCACUUUCCUGAAUACACUUGGGGAACACAAGACCAGAACAGCUUGCUGAUGCCCUCAACUUGAACUCGGACCAGCAAAAGGUACAGGUUCUUUAAAAUAAACUAGUUAAAAGUGCUGAGAGCUGCACUAAGCCAAAUUAAUUGACUAACUGCUGAAGUUCAAAGAGUUUGUCUAGCAACAAUGCCAAACAAAAAGCAAAAUGAUACUUGCCCUCAAAAUGUGUGUCCACAAUCAGAAACAGGGCCAAAUAUGUAAUGAAAGAGCAACUGGAAAAGCAACAGCAAGAAACUGUAGCACAAACUAUAGCACGAAUAAGGCAAGUUCUAAGAGGCCUGCAAACACAGAUUGGGAAUGUACAAUCACAAAAUGACAGCUUCAAGAGGAGUUUCUCUGAGAUCCAUGAUGCAGGCAAAAACCUUAAGGAGAAAAAUAGAGCACUGCGCAAUAAUAUCAAGGUGCUACAUAAUGAUACCAAGGUACUACAGGAUGAUAACGUUGCCUUACGCUCUGCUCUUAAGGAAGAGAAAGAAACAAAGGGAAAAAAAUUAUAGAGCAAAUGAAGAAUACAAUUGAUGUGAUAGAUCAGCAUGCACGAAUGAACGAUGUCAUCCUGACAGGGCUCCGAAUUAUACCCAGGUCAAAUGGCAGGGCAGUUGAGAACAGAGGACAACUAGAUGACAGGAAUGUUCCUUCAAUGGAGCAAAAAAUCACCAAUUUUCUACAAUCAAAAGGAGGUGGAUGUAGAUGUCGACACCAUUGAUACAUGCAUCCCACUGUAUGGCAGAAACAAUGCCACACCUGUCAACACUGUCAAGUUCACCAACAUGGCACUGUUGAAACAGGGAAACAGGGAAAGAAGCUGAAAGGUACACUCUAAAACACAAAUACCUGUAUUAGACUUGUUGUGUCUGUCAAAGUCAAAGGAAAAGCAAAAGAAACAAAAACAUUAACACUUGACAAAGGCAAAAGGGACAAACAUUCUUGUCACACGAAAGUAGAAAAUUAAUCGCUGUAAACACAAACAACAUUUCUUGCGUAUGCUAUGUCCGAAAAGCCAAAGAAAAAGCAAAAUUCUUCACAAAAGCAAAGGUCAUUACCGGAAGUUGAAUUCCUGACAAGUCAGUGAUGAUGGCGACUUAAUGUAUGAUUUAACAAUGCCAUUUCUGAAAUCAAUGUUGCAGUGUAAAUACUAAGAAUUAAUUACCCACGUAAUAUAACUACUUUGUUCCAGACACCCAAAAAUGUUAACACAAAAGACAUUUUAUAGACAAUAAUUCGAUCUUUUUUUUUUUUAAUCAGAAAUAUUUUUAUUAAAUUUUAACAAAGUCAAAACCAAGUGUACACAAUGUUUGCUGGAUGUUUGGCCAGAGAUCAAGAAAAAUAAAAAAAUACCUAAAAAAACAAACAAACAAAAAACACCAGACAAAAAGUAUAACAGUAAGCCACACACAGCCCAAAGAAACAAUAAUAAGAAUUUUACACGCAGAACAUGAUGCACAUAUAAUUACAAAUAACAAAUGAAUGGACAACUGAACAUUUAACAUCAAUUUUACAUGGUUUUGUUGAAAAAAAAAAACACCCACAAAACCAUCAAUUAACAAGAUAACAUAAAAUAAAGAAAUUAUUCUGCAGCAACCACAAUUUGCAAAAAUGUAAAAAAAAAAUAUCAAAGUAAAUAUUAUCAAUGUUCUAGAACCAAUAAACAUGUACCUUGCCGUUUAAUAUAGAAAAGGGA